AUGAACUCGACCCAAGAUGAGGGCGAGACUACUCUUCGCGAUCCACAACCCUCCGAAGGUUCCGAACCUCUUUUUACUCAGGAACAGCAUCUUCCUAAUCCCAUCGAUGACGAUACCCCAGACAUUAUCCCCUUGACCCAGCAUCCUUCCACCAUAGACCAAAGUUCGCAGAUCCCCUCUGAACGCAACGAUCAUGAUCGGCUUGACCACCUGAACGGAGGUCCUGAGGAGGCUCAGGCCGAAUUGCAGGAUGGUGUCACAAACGGAAUAGACCAUAUUCUAUCUUUUCCAAGACCGAUUGAAGACCACAGUAAUGAUGGAUCAUUUUCAACCCCAGACGACACUCCGUCAAUUCAGGGCUCGGUGCUUUCCUCACCCCAUAGCGAAACUGCCUCCCUGCGAAGUCCCGCUAGAAGAGGGAGUCCUUCAAAUGUCCACAGGCCUUUUGACACCAGAUUUCAGUCUCGCCUGUCGGGUGCCCACUUCUCUCCCCUACGUUCAGCUUCGCCUGCAUUCCUAGGCUCUCAUUCGCGCCACUCCUCCGUCGCCAGCUUCGCCUUCCAGCCCCCAUCCGAACCUGACGAUACCGCAACCCCUUGGGAUGUCAUAAGAUGGAAUAAGUUCAAGAAGAUCACUGGUCAGGCCUUCUCCGAAAUUGGGAAGCGCAAUUUUGGUAUGCCUACAUGUCUCGCUGCUACAGAUCAACUCGUCAUCGGCACAUCCAAGGGUCUCGUCCUUGUAUUCGACCAGCAACAGAAUCACAAAGCCAUAAUCGGAAGCGGUACAAAAGCUGCAGAAAGUGGUGCAGUUUCUUCUAUCGCCAUCUCUGCCGACCAUUCAACCAUUGCGGUUGGCCACUCGACUGGACAUAUCUUUACCUGGGAGCUGGCGAGGCCCACCAGACCAUUUCUACAUAUUCCACCUAUCGACAAUUCCCACCCUCAAGCUCGACGUGGCGAUGGCCAUAUUAUGGGGAGCGCUGUCCCCCACAUUGGCUUUCUCGGUUAUAGACACACCGCAUUGGUCUCCGCCGAUGAUAAAGGUAUGGCCUUCUCGCAUUUGGCCACAAGGGGUAUGGGGGCUGUGGGACGGGUGGUAAGGACCACCAGAAUUCUGGGUAGAUAUCCCGAAGUUGUUGCUCGUGCAACUAAGCCAUUAAGGAAGAGCUCCGUUCUGGCCUUUUCACCACUGCCACUAGGGAAUAUCGAACAAAGAACAGAUGGCCUUGGCUUGGUUGCUAUGUUGACACCUUACUUACUGGUCAUUGUUUCAACGACGCCAAUAGCUCAAACUCAACAUAAAGCUGCCAGACCCAAAGAGGUAGCUGCCCAUAGCGCAAUGACCGCGGCUUUAGCAUGGUUCCCCGCUAUAAAAUUAAAGGCACAAGAUACCGACGUCUCCAAAACGAAACUUGUAUAUGCAUGGUCGAACAUUCUGACGAUUCUGGAAGUUCACGAAGCACAUUCAGAGGAUGAAAGGGACAAAGAAAAACCUCCCGAGCUGCAGUUCCUGGCCCGAAGUCGCUUUCAGGCUGAAGAGGCAAUUGUCGCCGUGCAGUGGUUAAACCGAUCCGUUAUCGCCGUUUUGACCAUCACGCAGCAGCUUCUGAUCAUUGAAGAUGUCACCAUGCAUGUGACUGAAGCUUUUGACUUGUUGAAGAAGAAUAUCUAUCAUUCAGACCUUUACUCCCAGCAGUUGUUAUCCAUCAUUGAACAACUGGAUGAAGAGGACACUUCAAUGCAUGGUGUGGUAGCGGAUGCUUUUCAUAUGAGUUUCCGUGCCUAUAAGGGAAGACUCUUCCUCCUGGGUUUUAAUGAUAUCUGGAUUGGUGCAUUGACCAACUGGGCCGAUCGUUUACUUGCCCUCAUGAACAUAGGUGACUUCAUUGGCGCAAUUAGACUGGCAACCAGAUACUACACGGGUGAGGGCGAGAAAUCCACAAUUGGAUUGCCUGAGGAAGAUGUUGCUCGAUACGAGAUAGUGCAAGAAAGACUAUUGGAGAUGAUGGCGGCUUCACUGAAAUAUGCAUUUGGAAAAAACCAACAGGCUGGCAAUGAACCAAUCGAAAAGCCGCAAAUGGUCGAAUUGGCUGAGGCGUGCAUUAAAGCAUGUCUGGUUAUGCAGGAUCUUGACUUCCUGUUUGAAGAGGUUUUUGUCUGGUAUGAUGAUAAUGAUGAAGGACCAUUAUUUGUGGAUGUCCUGGAACCCUAUAUCCUUGACCGAACAAUAGUCUCCCUGCCACCACCAGUGUUGAAGACAAUGAUUGACCAUUUUGUCAUCACACACUCUCCAUCAACAUUGGAAGAGAUCAUUUGUAUGCUUGAAACAUCAACCAUGGAUCUGGAUCAGAUCACCACCCUUUGCAGGCAGCACAACCUGUACGACGCAUAUAUCUAUGUCUGGACUAUGGCACUACGAGAUUUCACAAGUCCUCUAACCCUACUCCUGGGGUUUGCCGAAUCUGAUGGUCCAACCUCACUAUCCAGCACUUCGUCGGCUGAUGAAUACCAAUUGGCGCAGAAGAUAUUUCCAUACAUCUCAUUUAUCCUUACUAGCCGUGUUUAUCCCACAGGGACGGACAUGACCGAAGACGAAUCAAGCCAAGCAAAGAGCCAGAUCUAUGAUUUCUUCUUCUCUGGGAAAAGAGCGGCCAACGGGGUUACAAAGAGUAAGGGUGAUACGAGCAAGACGACGGCCGAGUCUUUCGAGAGACUUUCUCAAAUUCUGCAUUUUGAUGCACCAAGUUUUAUCGCUGCGUUGAAUGAAGCAUUUGAGGAUAGCUUCCUGAAUCUGAGUGAUGAAGAUGCUCUCAGUGGAUCACAGACUUCUCAAACCUCCAUGAGACGCAUUUACACACGACAGUACGUUGUCCGAAUCAUGUUGGAGGUCAUGGCUUCAGGAUUUGACGCUGAAGAUACCAUUUACUUGGACAUGUUUAUCGCUCGCAACUUGGCCAAAUUCCCUCAAUACAUGAUCUUUUCCGGGACUAUCUUACAACAGGUAUUUUCCCGUCUAUGUCAAUACCCCGAGGAAGGAAUGCGGGACGACGCUCAACUCAGCGUGGAAUAUCUAUUGUCUAUCUAUCAGCCACCCAACAUUCUGGACUUUGUCUCGUUGCUUCAAGAUGCGCACUUCUAUCGAGUCCUCAAAUCAGUCCUCAAACAAGAGCACCACUUCGCUGACAUGAUUCAUACUUACUUCUUGGAUACUGAGGCUCAAGUGGAUGUGUUUGCAGCUAUCUUUGAUUGCCUCAAAACAAGCUCCACGUUGCUCGAAGAGCAGCGACUUGAAGUCAGGAAGGUAAUUGAGGAGCACGCUGGAGACUUGGUCAACACCGAUGUUGAGAAAGCGGCGAUGACUAUUGAUGAAGUCGCUCAGGACCUGCACCAAACCUUUCUCAAUGUGCUUAGUGAGGACGAGUAUGGUCAAUACACAUAUUUAAGGAUUCUGCUUGAGCCAAAUGACCGGCCUGGUCUUCGACAAGAUUACAACAAUAGCCUCAAGGAACUAUACAUCCGCCUUCUUUGCCAAUUUGACUCUGAUCAUGUAAGAGAUUAUGUUGAGCAUGUUAAAGCAGGCGACUUGCGCCUUGAAGAGGUGUUACCAACGAUCGAAGAAAGCGGAAUCAUUGAUGCUGUGGUAAUUCUGCAAGCACAGCAAGGUCAUAUCAAAGAAGCCAUGAAACGAUUACGGCAACAUCUAUCCUUUCUGGGAACUACGUUGAAGACGGUCACGUCAAAGCCAUUAGGGGACAACGAUGAAAGGUCUAUCCUGCAUCCUGUUACGAGCCUGCUGGAGUCUGUGGAAAAAUAUGCUCAGAUUGGAACUUGGUUGUGCCAAACCCAGAUGAAAAAUGCUCCCAAAUCAACAGGACCAGCGAAGUCUCCGAGAAGAGCUACCAGUGCUACAAGAGCCCUCGGUUUCGAAGAGGAGCUCUGGUUAGAGCUCAUAAUUUCAGUGGUCACUAUUGCUCGUGAUUUGUCCAUGGGCUCAUUGCAAGAAAUGUCGGACCAAGAAGCUGAUGUCACCACAUCAUUACGAAGUGUCAUUCAGCAAGUGUUUACUUCUUUGUUGGUGAACACCACUUCAGUUCGGGAGAGUUCAGGAGCUCGAGAUAUGAUGUUCCUGCGCAUUCUUCGCGCAUUUCUUACCCAUGCAGCUGAAAGCAGUCCGUCGUUAUCAGAAUUGAGAAAUGUGAUCGGUUCGAUUUUUUCAGCUUAUGCAUAUGAGGAGUCACUUUUGGCUCUGUCAAAUUCAAUGCUGGACAAAGAUGUAUUUGUUCGACUCGAUGAAGUCACAGCUCUCCGACAGCGUGGAUGGAGACCAAGAGGACAAGUCUGUGAGGUAUGUCGACAUCGAGGAUGGGGACCCGGCAUUGGUGUUCCUAUUUGGGAUGAGUGGCAGAAGAAAGAGGAAGUCAGAUCACAACGUCGACAUCGUGCUCAGUCAGAGAUAGAAUCGGAUGAGCCAGAAGUGGGUCGUGGCAAAGGUAAAGCCACAGUCGAUACGAAUCGGCAAGAGCCAUCCGAAGAAGAGAGGUCGAAUGGUGGCGCUGACACCUUGGGCUCUCUUGUGGUUUUCUCGUGUCGCCAUUUGUAUCACCAGAAAUGUUUAGUUCCAAGACAACUGGAGGAUGGAUCGCUUCGCCUCGUAUGUCCGAUCUGCUUAUAG